UUGUCCUUACCAAGUCAAAGUUCAUUAUCUACGGAGAAUGGUCGAGAGUAUGUUUUAGAUGAUAUAUAUGAUAUCUCUGAAACACCAGAAUUGAAAACUGAUUUUGCUACAGAUAGUAGUCGUUCAGAAUUGGUGGUAACAACAGAAGAAAAGACCUUACGAACGUAUGAGAAAGAACCAGAAUCACCGACUAGUGACGAGUUUGAAAUGGUUGAUAAACCGAGCGAAAUGGAUGAUUUUGUAGUAAUAGAAGAAGUUGCUAAGGAAGCUCAAGAGACAGACCCUGAAGGAAAGAGUGUAAAAAUAAUGGCCCAAAAAUAUGUAAAAAAGCAUGACGAUGAAGUUGAAGAAUACUUGUCAAAAACAACAAAGAAGCAAGACAGUAGUAGUACUUCAGGUUCCUUGUCCGACGAGGAAUUGCUUCAGUAUGAAAUAGAACAAAAAAAAUUACAAGCUCAAGAAUUAGCUGAAAUUGAAGCUGGUAAACGCUGGAUACAAAUGCAGUUCGAAGGAGAUCCUAGGUAUGAUUAUGAAAGAAUUCCGCUAGAAGAUAUCAAAGAAGAAGAAAUGACUGACUUUGAUGCAAGUAGAAUUGGAAGUUUGAGCUCACAAAAGGAAUCAAUUGGAAGUUAUGGCAGUUUUAGGAAUUCUUAUGGGAGCUUAUCAGAAUCCGAAAUGGCAUCUCGCAUACGAUUUAGAGUACGUGGUGAAAAUGAUGAUAUAUCUAUAAGUUCAUUGCAAGAAUUUGAAAAUCUAGAAAGGGCUUUAAUGGAGCAGUACCAGCAAUAUUCUUCAUCGUCUCAAGAUUCAUUAAAUGGAUCUUUACCGAGACGAUAUAUCCUCAGCAGAAGUCAAGGCGAUGAUGUUUCCGUUUCUAGUCUUAAAGAGUUUGAAGGAUUAGAGUCUGCCUGUUUAGAAGCAUUAAAAGCGGAGAUACUGGCAAAACAAAAAGAAGCACUAUUACAGGCUGAUCCUAAAGUAGCAACGGGUAGUUUCUUAGAACAAGAAAGGCGUUCUUAUAGCAGUAGUUCUGAAAGUAGUCCACCACUUAAAAGUGGCAGUCCGGGACAAAAAUCUGGAAGUCCAUCUCAAAAAGGAGGAAGUCCAUUACAAAAAAUAGGUAGUUAUGGUAGUCCGUCACAACGUUUGUUAGCUGAUUCAGCAGCGAUAAGGAAACUUAUAGACCAACAAAUUGCAUUGGAACAAAGAAUUCAAGAGCAAGUCACGCCUAAAAUUGUUACAGUAAAAAAAUUUGAUGAGCGUGGAGCAUUUUUUGUGGCAGAGCCAGAACUGGAAAAUUCAGAAAACAAAAAAACUGAUUCAGAUGAAGAAUGUAAAAAGUCUGAAGCUUUCGUAUGUGCCGCAGCUCCAAGUGAGGGGUCAGUAGAGUCUAUACCGGGAGAUUGUGAAGAGAUGAUGAAAAUUUUGGAUCAAGAAGAAAAGGCCAAACGCCAACAACAACAGCUUCAAGCAAUUUCUAAAACAUUUUCAGGAAGUGGUGGUGUAAUUGAAGUAGUUAGAACUACUACAGUCAUACAGCAAAAAUUCGUUGAUGGGAAAAAAAUUUCAGAAAAGAUAACGAGUACGGAAAAUGAUGGCGCUAUUGACAUUCCUUCAAGAUUAACACAGUAUGAAGAUAGCUGCAUAUCUUUAGGAUCAGAAAUGUCUUCAUCACUGGCUUCCCAGCCGUCGGAAAUGGACAGCUUGAUGACAGUUAUGGAGAAGCAUUCUGAUGGUGAAAUUGUGACAGUUACAAAACAGACUUUUAUAACAUCUUCCGAAAAGCCGGAAGAUUUGGAUUUCUCUCGUGAAUCGAGCGUUAUACGUGAGCUAUCGCCCUCCUCUGGGAGAUCGGUAGCUCACAGCAUCACGUCUUUCUCCGGAAAACAUUUUACAGAUCCCGCUAGCGGUUCGUGGAGCUGUCAAGAUGAGGAGCUCAGUUCUUCUGGAAGUUUUAGCAGAGGGGCUCGUGCAGAUCUCAUACUGGGCAGUACCGAUAGCCUUGAAGCGACAAGUUCGAAUGCAACAAGGGCCACGUUUAAUUAUGAAGUGGACACGCCGAUGACUGGAAGUCUAACAUCUGGAGCGGUACGCACUCCAGGGUCCAACACAAUGGUCUCGUCUUUGGACACUCUGGACCCAAUAACCACAGUACAGAUGGAAAGCUUAGAGUAUCAAUCCAGUGAGCAACAUUCGCACGAUUACGAUGUACAAGAACCUGAUACUGAAACUGAAAAACUGGCUACUGUUGCUGAUGGUCGUGCCCCAAAAGUGAAGGAGCGUACAAUAAUGUUCGACAGCACUGAUACUCUCAGUGCUGUUAGUGGUGAUAGUUCAAUGAGAGAGGCUACUGUUGAAGGUGCGGCGCCGACCUUCUAUAUUGGAGAUACGCCUAUAGUCAGAGGAGAGAAAAGGGAGGAUGAUGGUCCACUGCCAACUCUAUCGGAAAGCUGUCCGGCAUCUCUACCACCAACUACACAUCCCUCUCCACCAAUCCCUGUUCAAAGAAGGUCUCUGACGAUGAUUGCUAAGCCUUCUCAAUCAAGCCUCGAAGAAGUUGCAAAGAAAUAA